AUGGCUAGUUCGAGGAACGAUUGGGAGCCGGAAAUUUCCGCUUCAGCUAUAGAUUACACCGUUCUGGACGCAGUCCGUGGAAUUACGGGGUCCGAAGCUGGAGCGGAAAAGGAGCAGGUCCGGACUGAGUGGGCGCGUUUGGAGCUAUGUGUCAUCGCCAGUUUGCAGCUCAUGCUGGUUCUGGUGGCCUACCGUCUUGAUCGAUCUCACCACCCGGCGCUAAUCUCAGAAUCAGCUGUUGCCAUUUUUUUUGGUGUAUUAUUUGGCGUCGGCGUGCUAAUAACAUACCCGAUGGAAUCGCUAAAUAAUGGAAUGGACCCAGAAGUGCUAUUCUACGCCUUGCUACCUCCAAUAAUUCUUGAGGCUGGGUUUAAUAUGAAAAAGAGGGGCUUUUUUUCAAAUUUUAAUGCUAUCAUGCUGCUAUCCAUUGUGGGUACACUAAUUGCAACGUUUAUCACGGGUGGCAUGUUGCUUUGGAUUGGCAACAUGGGGCUUAUCACUAAACUUACAGCUGCUGAGGCAUACCUUUACGGCGCUUUGAUUUCAGCCGUGGACCCGGUCGCGACACUUUCAGUGUUUAAGAAGAAUGGUGUACCUCCUCUGUUAUUUAACCUUGUCUUUGGUGAAAGCAUGCUGAAUGACGGCGUUGCCAUUGUAUCGUUCACGUUAUUCCAAGGACUUAUUCGAGAUGAUAUUGCUGAUGUCUCUUUGAACAAUGCAGGCCUUAUAAUCAUAAAGGUUUUCGGUAUUGGUUUUGGCUCCGUUGGCUUGGCGGCUGUGGUAUGUUUUACAUCAGCUUUCUUACUAAAAGCAGCGGAUCCCGCACUUCAACGAUACCCGUCCUAUGAGAUAUCUAUAGUGUUAUUGUCAGCGUACUUAAGCUACGUGAUUGCCGAUCUCGUUGGAAUGAGCGGAAUCGUGGCUUUGUUUUUCUCGGGUGUGCUGAUAAGCCACUACCAUCUAUACAAUAUCGCUGAUGAGAGCGCAACAGCUUUAAAACAUCUGCUGACGACGUCGUCAUUCCUGGCUGAAAAUUUCGUCUUCAUUUAUAUGGGCAUGAGUGUGGUGGCGUAUUCGGGGUAUUUUACUUGGGAUUGGGGCUUUAUAUUUGUCAACCUAGUCGCUUGUCUUGUGGGUCGCAUGCUAAACACGUUUCCGAUGUGCGUAUUGGCGAAUUUUGGUCGAUCUGAAGAGCACAAAAUUCCUUGGAGUUACAUGGUUGUGAUUUGGUUUGCUGGUCUUCGCGGCGCAAUCGCUUUCGCACUGGCUUUGAAUGUGUAUACACCCAACCGUGUGCAUGCGAGCGUGAUACAAAGUACGACACUCUUUACAGUUAUGUUCACGACUUUGGUUUUUGGAAUGGGCACAAGUCCGGUGCUUCGGUACUUUGGCUUGACAUCAAAACAGGAACAAGAACAUAAGUUUGACGACGAGGCUGCGCAAGAACGUCUGCUUGACGGAGACCAGGAGCACGACUCAGAUACAUCGUUCCGGCCCAUUGACCAACCAAUUACUAGCCGCAAUAUACAUGGUUUUCAUGGCGUAUGGGAACGCAUUGAUGAAAAGUACUUAAAACCGCUCUUUGGUGGCCAUCCGCGUGACCAGGAGCAAAGAACGGAUCAUUUAAGUGCAAGAAUGUCUUCUGCAGCCAAUAGAUCCAGAAAUUUUAGUCAGAAGCGCAAAAAAGCGCGGAUCGCGAAGGUUGACCUACCGAAGUCCACAGUGUCGCACUCGGCGUUAGCUGAGAUCGCAAAGAAACACGACAUUAGUGACAAUGUUUGA